GACGAAGCGUGUGUGAGAGAGAGAGAGAGAGAGAGAGAGAGAGAGAGAGAGAAACCAUGCCAAACAACCAUACCGGCAGCAUCGAGCUGAUUACACUCCAGCGGCCAGCACACACACUUUUGUGAGCUAAUGGAUGCUUUCCAGCUUCUCUUUCUUGUUGCAGUGGUGACCUCCAUAUCAGAAUGGAAAUCAGUUUCAGAUUCCUGCAAUUCACAAUGUAAGACCAUGAAUGAGGAGAGCUUUAGAGUUCUUGAAGGGGAGUCUUUUUUUUUUGUACCUUACAUUAUUUUCAAACCAAACUUCAACAAUAAAAAUUUUACAUGGUACAAAUAUGUCACCCAAAUUCAGAAUAUUUCCUCUGAUAAGAAAGCCCGGGUGCAUUACCAAGGCGAAGCACUCUUUCUCUUAAACCUCAGCAUUUCUGAUUCUGCGUAUUACACUGCUUGGGAAAUCAAGUCUUCAGGACGAUGUGUUAACCACGCUGUAAAAAUUGAAGUGUACAAUGCAAGUUACAAAGGAAGCAAGAUGCUCAGCUACGGAGAAAUCAAAAACUCUGAUCAGAGCAAAACGGUCAAUUGUCCAGAUCCAGUCCAAAGGGCAUGCAGUGAAUUCAAAGGAAACAUCACCUGGUACAAGGACUACACUCUUAUAAAAGAUCAGCAUGAAGUCAAAGUGAGAGUGCAUCAUGCUACCAAAGACCACGAGGGCCUCUACACCUGUAUUUGUACCUGGGCAUACAAUAACAAGGUGUACAAUACGUCAGGUUCCAGAGAACUUGUACUUCAAGAGACAGCUAUGCACCACCUAGAAAUUCUGACCCCAGCUGAUGAGUCGCGGGAGCAGUUUGCUGAUGAAGGCUCUGAGAUUAAGCUGAAUUGCUCAGUUUUGUGUGGGACUAAUGUGAAACAUGACUGCAAUGCCAGCUGGUACAUCAACGGAAUUCCUUUCAAAAACAGGGAUGGUUAUAGUCAAACUACCAAAAUAGCAAUUGCGGAACCUUCGAAGAAUACCAUUGUCACUGCAAUCCUCACCAUUAAAAAAGUGUCUGCUAAGGAUUUUCAACAGAAGUUUGGGUGCUUUGGCGAGGGCUAUUACGGAAAAGAUAAUACCACUUUAACUCUUAAGCGGAAAGAAUCCAUAAUUCCACUUGCCAUUGGAGGAGUAUGCGUGUUAUUCAUUGGUGUUUUUGUCGCUGUGUUGGUCAAAUACUUUGCCAUUGACUUAGCUCUGUUCUUCAGACCCUACUUCCCACUAAGCAGUAGCAAUAAAGACACAAGUUUAUAUGAUGCCUAUGUGGUCUACCAGACACCAAUGGACAAGAUCACUGAGGACAGACUCUCUCAGUUUAUCAUACAGACUUUGCCCUCUGUCCUUGAGGAUAAGUGCGGAUAUCGGCUCUUUAUCCACGGGAGGGAUGACAUACCAGGGGAAGAUCGUCUGGAGUUGGUGGAGGAAUGCAUGAAUCAGAGCAGGAGGCUCAUGGUCAUUCUCACACCAGAUCUGGGAUCAGGCUCCGUGACGACAGAGCGAUGGCCUGCCUCACCCCAAACCUCAGUGAUGGGAGGGUUUGACUGGCAGGUGGGGCUCCACCAUGCAUUGGUCCAGAGGGAACUGAGUGUGAUUUUGAUCCAGCUAGGAGACACAGGGCCACAGCAAUACACCCACCUCCCCCCGGGCUUGCAGCACCUGAUUCGUAAGAGUGCCCCUUUGAAGUGGCCAGAGGGCUCUGGAGGCGCUGCAGCAUGGAACUCUCGCUUCUGGAAGAGAGUGAGAUACCUGAUGCCUGCCACACCUGUCAAAAAAUGUGCACAGUCUACUAUCGUCUAAUACAUCUUUUAACACGUUUUGUUAAUUUUUUUAUACCAUUAUAUUCCUUUUAUGCAUUAUAUAUUAUCAUAUAGUUUCCAUUUCAAAGUCAUUUUGUUCUGUGAUGUUAUUUUAUUGAGCUAAGUUGUUUUUCUUGUUUUGGCUCCUAAAACGGUAAUUUCCCACCUUGUGAGAAAAGCAAAGAAUUUCUUAUUCUUUUCUUUUAUAUAAUAAAAGUAUUUGUAUUUAAUUGCUCACAUGCUUCUCACUCCAUAAGGCUUUGUACAUAAUGACCAUCAACUUUAUUUUGGUGUAAGUAAGCAAACAAGCAGUAAUAGCAGUUACACAUACUUGAAUAGUUGGUGCACAAUUGAAUAUUUUGAAUUUCAUUUUGAAUUUUUCCUUUCAGUUCCAUUAAUGGUGCCAUUAAUCUAUGGUUAAU